AAGUUAGUAACCAACAAGCUGUCCAGCAGCAGCAGCAGCAGUUACAAAAACCGGACCAAAACGCUUAUCUGAAUGCUUUCAAGAUGCAAAACGGUGGUCAUCUUCAACAGUGGCAGCAGCAUUCGGAUAUGCCUUCACCGUCUUUCAUGAAGUCGGAUUUCACCGACUCAGGCAACAAAUUUGCAACAACAGUUAGUCCAAUGCAACAAAACUCUGCCUCUCCUGGUUCUGGAGAUGGCAACAAUCUUUUGAACUUCUCUAUAACCGGUCAGUCUGUAGUACUGCCUGAGCAGUUAACCAAUGAAGGAUGGUCUCCAAAAGCAACCAACACGUUCUCUGAACCGUUGUCACUUCCACAAGCCUAUGUAGGGAAGAGUCUUGCCCUAGAAACCGGGAAUCUGAACCUUAACCCUCAGAAUCCUUCUCUUUUCGGCGUUGAUCACGACUCUGGUCUUUUCCUCCCUCGCUUUGCUUCUUCAUCAGGAGACGCUGAAGCUUCCCCUAUGUCACUAACAGAUUCAGGGUUUCAGAACUCCUUGUAUAGCUGCAUGCAAGACACAACUCAUGAGCUAUUGCAUGGAGCUGGACAGAUUAACCCGUCCUCCACCGAAACCAAGAACUUUGUAAAGGUUUAUAAAUCUGGUUCGGUGGGGCGUUCACUAGACAUCUCCCGAUUCAGCAGCUAUCAUGAGCUGCGAGAAGAGUUAGGGAAGAUGUUUGCUAUCGAAGGGUUGUUGGAAGACCCCCUUAGAUCAGGCUGGCAGCUUGUAUUCGUUGACAAGGAAAAUGAUAUUCUUCUCCUUGGAGACGACCCGUGGGAGUCAUUUGUGAAUAAUGUUUGGUACAUAAAGAUACUAUCGCCGGAAGAUGUGCAGCAAAUGGGAGAUCAUGGUGAAGGUAGUGGCGGGUCUUUCCCGCAAAACCCGAACCAUCUCUAG